UCUCAUUGGCUGAGAAGGGCCACGCGUCCUAGAUGGGGGGGGACAGGUACCCAUGUGCACUAGAAAGGAAGGCGGUACUGCUCUGUAGUACUCGGUGUUUUCUCCUCGCAAAAAAUAUUGGAAGUACGAGAUAUUGCAUUGUUGGAAAAGUUAGCACACAAGGUUUUCCUAGAAGUCCAGACCAAGUCCAGUGCAUCUACCAGAUCAGCCUUGCAUCUUUGAUUUCCUCAAAGAAUUCUAAAAGUAAAAUGGCAGCCAGUGGCCCCAUGUUUAACAUCGAUGCCCCUCGCUGGGAUCAGAACACUUUUAUGGGGCGUGUAAAGCACUUUUUCAGCAUUACGGACCCUCGGACGCUAUUGGUGUCGGAGCAUGACUUGGAUUCAGCGAAGGCAUUAGUGGAGAGCUGCAGGGCAGGCAUUGUGCCCCCAGGAACCAACCAGGAGCAGCUAUUCUAUGCCAAGAAGCUUUAUGACUCUGCUUUCCACCCUGACUCUGGUGAGAAGAUGAAUUUAAUAGGGAGGAUGUCGUUCCAAGUCCCUGGGGGAAUGGCCAUCACUGGCUUUAUGCUGCAGUUUUACAGGACAGUUCCAGCUGUUGUCUUCUGGCAGUGGGUGAAUCAGUCUUUUAAUGCCAUUGUGAACUACACCAACCGCAAUGCUGCCAGCCCCAUCUCACUCAAGCAAAUUGGGGUUGCUUAUUUCACUGCUACCAGCACUGCCUUGGCAACCGCUGUGGGACUCAACCUUUACACCAAGAGAGCCCCAUCCCUUGUGGCACGCUGGGUCCCCUUUGCAGCUGUAGCUGCUGCCAACUGUGUGAACAUCCCCUUGAUGAGGCAGCAGGAAUUGAUUAAUGGGAUCACAGUGACUGAUGAGAAUGACACUCUGGACAAGUCUAGGAGAGCUGCGAUCAAGGGGAUAACUCAGGUGGUAGUUUCCCGCAUUACCAUGGCUGCUCCUGGCAUGAUUUUGUUGCCCAUCAUCAUGGAGAGACUAGAAAAAUACCCCUUCAUGAAGAAAAUCCAGGUUCUCCAUGCUCCAUUGCAAACAAUACUUGUUGGAGGGUUCCUUGUGUUCAUGGUCCCAGUUGCCUGUGCACUCUUCCCACAAAAAAGCGCAAUUGCCCUUUCACACUUGGAGCCUGAUCUCAGACAGUCAAUUGUGGCCAGGCAUGGAGACAGAGUGCCUUAUGUCUAUUUUAACAAGGGCUUAUGAAUGGAACAUCUACCUUGGGAACUGCCUGGAUCUGAGCUCAGGCUCUGUUUAUGGACAUCCCAGAAGCAUCCCGUUCUCCAGCGUGGGAAACAGGAAGCUGGACCAGAUGGAUCUUUCAUCUCAUCUAGCAGGGCUCUUAUUAAGUUCUUUGCCGUAUAGCAUACCUAAUCAGGAUAGUCGUUGUCCUUACUAUAGAUUCUUCCUCCACCUUCCCAUCCAUAUAGAUUGCUCCCCAUAGUUAUGUGUAACUGAGUUCUAUGCAACGUUGGGAUUUCCAACUAGGUGCUGAAUUUGUCUUUCCAGGGCAAUCUCUGCCAAGCUUAUUUUUGCCAAAAUAUGCCUUAAUUCAUAAAUGGUACAGCCCCCCCCCCAUCAAAAAGAGAUGUGAAAUGGGGAAGUUACUGCAGGCUUCACACUAGAUGACCCGCAAUCAAAGUAUGGGCCUGUGUCACUGUAGUGUUUUGCUCAUCUGCCUUCAGAAGGACCAAUUUCCUCUGUUUUAUCAUUCAGUAAUUAUGUAAUGUCGCUGACUCAGGGUCUUUCACUGUCUCCAUAGUGUAGGAAAUUAUCCUUUAAGCAAACCAUGCCUGCAAAAUCUUCAAAGAAGUAACUGCCUAAUCCAGAGGUGGACAAUCUGUGGUAUCCAUAUGUUGUUGGACUCUAGUUCCCAUCAGUCCCAGCCAACAUAACCAGCAGUCAGGGAUGAUAGGAGUCAUAGUCCAGCAACAUCUGGAAGACCAUAGGCCCAAACUCAAAUCAAUUAGAGAAUGGAAAUGAGAUAUUGCCACCACAACUGCUUUACAAGAAACAAGGUGGGGCAUGUGUUUUCUGUGUCUGUGUACACACUACUACUGUGAGCAGAGGUGAAUGUGAAACCUAUUCUCUAUUUUUUUGGUCUGGAAAUAUUAGUCUUAAACUGCCUGUUCUGUCUUUCCAAUAUUAUUUAAAAAAGAAAUAAUAUGCCACCAGGUCAUACAGUUGUGACUUAGUUUCUCACUGAGGUGGUAAACUAGGGAUGGGGGAACAUGUCCAGUCUGAGAACCAUAUUCCUUUUUUGGUCAGCCUUCUGGGACCCAUGUGUCAGUGGUGGGUGGGGCCAGAAGCAAAGGUAGGCAGAGCAACAAAUGUAAAAUUUACCUUUGUACAGUGGGCUAGUUUCUCACAUACUCCCAUCUCUCUUCUCCAUCCAGGCAAACAAAGACGUAUUAUCAGAGUUCAAGAACAUUCUAGACAGGCAAAAACACUCAAGGAAGGGUCAAAGCAGGACUGAUGAGGGGUGUGGUUGGGAAUAGGAGUGUGGCUUGUGGAGAGAAUCUAAAGGACCGGAUAGAGAGGACCAGAAGGGCCCAUUUGGCCCCUGGGCCUGAGGUUCCCUAUCCCUGGAAUAAACCUAUAUCUGGGCUGUAUCACUUUAGACUGCAGGUGAGUGUUCACAUAGCUGAACGAUGUUUUGUAGAAAAAAAGCAAAUAUAUCUCUUGCACAUGGAAAACAAAAUGAGAAGGCUAAGGCUCAAAAGAACUUCUCCAAUACCUGGUUUUCUGUAGGUAGGGCAUAGAGAGCCUGUGGCACUCCAGAUGCUGAUAACUCCUAUCAGGCCUAGUCAGCAGGGCCAAUGAUCAGGGAUGAGUGGAAUUAUAAUCCAGCAACAUCUGGAAGGUCACAGGUUUCUCACCCCUAGUAUAGUGGCUUGUUUAUUUUUUGAACAGAAGAGCAUUCAUUAUGUGUGCCCCCACCUGCACUCUGUGGAAUUCACUCUCACAGGAGGCAGUAAUGUCCAGCAACUUGGAUGGCUUUAAAAGAGGAUUAGAUAAAUUCAUGGAGGAUAAGACUAUCAGUGGCUACUAACUAUGAUGACUGUGUUCUGCUUCCAUGGUCAGAGGCAGCAUGCUUCUGAAUACCAGAUGCUGGAAACUGCAAGAGGGGAGAAUGCUGUUGUGCCUGCUUGUGGGCUUCCCAUAGGCAUCUGGUUGCCCACUGUGAGAACAGAAUGCUGGACUAGAUGGGCCAUUGGCCUGCUCCAGCAGGCUCUUCUUAUGUUCUUACCACUUUAGUGAGAACUAGGUCUAAAUCAGCAAGUUUACCCAAGGUUGUAUUGGGAAUGAUUCUAAAGAGUUGAUAUUUCCCCUGCUUGAUUCCUCUCUCCCUCCCCCACCCCAGUAAAAGCAGCUCUAGGACGUAUGGGUAGACACAUGCAGCCAAUGCAACUGGUUAAGGAUGCAAAUAGCACAUCUUUGCUACCUCUUCUAAAUUCUAGCAUUCCACUGUUCUGGAGACAAUACAUAUCUGAUGUUCCCACUCAGGAGUUUCCUAGGAAGAAGGUGAGAUAGCAGUCGGGUGCAAGUUGGGCAACUUCUUUAUUGGAAUCUGAGCCCCAGACUGGCUUUAGGCAGGCCACUAUUAUCUCAGUCUUAGCUCCCCAUCUUCAACACUCAGAUGAUGAUACUGGCCAAUCUUUAAGAACUGUUGUAAUGAUUAUUGAAAUAAUGUAUGUGAAAUAUUUUUAACACUUGAAAUGUGCUCUUUAUAAAUGUUAAAAUAUUGUCAUUAUGCAAUCAGGUUCUAGCACAUGGAAGUUAGACAGCUUGAAGGGAGGGGUUACAUACUACCCCACCCCUGAUAAAAGGUACUCAUUUGAGGCACAUGCGCUAGAUUAUGGUGAAAGUCUGCCUGUUGCUGGUAGAUAUCUUAGGCAGUAAUUUAUUUUAAGGUUCUGAUUUGCCUUGCAUUGAAAAUGACUGUUUCAAUUCAGAAACCUACUGUUUUGUUUUAUUAUUUUUAUUUUCAAAUUUGCCAAAUCAUUUCCUAAGUAACAUAAAGACAGCUGUUUGUUUAUAUGCUGGUGCUAGCCAAAGUCUGCUGUAUUGGAGAGCAAAUUAUUGGAAGAUUUCUUGUUUUUAGGCAUUCUUGGAUUUGGCCCAGAUAAGCCAAUACCCAGUGUUGCUGUUGGGCAAAGAAAAGCUAUUGCUAUUAACCCUGCAGGUGAAAGUCUUUGUUGCAUGUACAGGAAAGAAGACAAAUAAAAAAACACUGCAGUCUUA